UGAUUAUUAUUAGUGGGAGGUCCUCAAGUCUCAAGCAACAAGAUACACACAACACACUGAUCACUAUUCCAGGCUGCAGCCAUGGGCCAGGACGCCUCUAAACUGAGUCAUCUGCGCAGGGAUAUUAAGGAGAAUGGUAGUGGAACUACUGAGGUCAAAGUGGAGGGCUUGCAAGUAUCAGACAAGUCUAUUAGGAAGCUCUCUGAAGCUCUCAGAAGGAACAGUGUUGUAGAGGAGCUGAGUGUGGUAGGCUGUGGUGUGGGCCCUGUGAGUGUUCAGCACAUAUCAGACACACUGUGCAACUCUUUCCUCACUUGCAACAUCACCAAACUCAACCUAUCAGACAAUGAGCAGAUUGGCCCUGAGGGUGCAGAGAGUCUAGCUGCUGUACUAGAGACUAACAAAGUACUACAACAUCUUGCCCUCAAUAACUGUGAUAUUGGAGACAGAGGACUUGAGGCUUUGGCCACUGCUCUGUGUAGGAACAGAACACUAGUGACUCUAGAAGUGGGGACCAACAGUCUGACAGAUGUGAGUGCUCAGUAUUUGGGAGGAUCUCUCAAACUCAACUUUAAACUGGAGGGAUUGUCUCUCUGGCAGAAUGAUAUCUCAGGACAAGGAGCACAACGCUUGGCAGAGGGGCUGCAGGGCAACAAGACACUGCUGUGGAUUGGACUGGGUAGUAACCACAUUGGAGCAGAAGGUGCUUGGGCUCUCUCCCAGAGUCUACAGGACAACAACAGUCUCCUGUGGAUGGGUCUGGGGGGCAAUGAGCUGGGGGACAAGGGGGCACUGCAUCUAGCCACUCUAUUGCAAGACAACGUGUGCAGUCUGCAGUCUAUUGGUUUGGGGGGUAAUGAGAUACGAGAUGAGGGGGCGGGACAUCUAGCAGCAGCACUCAAGUUGAACACCACUCUGCGAUCCCUCGGAUUAGGAGGAAACCAAAUAGCUGAUGAUGGAGGCAAGAGCAUUGCUGACAUGUUGAGACACAAUCAAUCGCUGCGUAAAGUACUACUCUCUAGCAACCUGUUGGGAGACAAUGCAGUGGCAGCACUUGCAGAGUGCCUGGCAGUCAACUCUGGUCUCGAUAUGCUGCUAAUUGGAGACAAUCCAUUUGGAGAUGAGGGUGGGACUAGACUGUGUGAGGUCCUCUGUCAGAGCAAUACAACACUCACUGUACUGGACAUACAUGGCAGCAGAAUGAGCAAUCCCGUGGAGAAAGAGAUUGCUGAUAAUGUGAGCAAGUAUAGUUCCCUCAAGAAGCUUGGUAGUUACUAUGGUACCAGGAGCUCUCACUCUAUUAGCCACACAGAGGCACAGGCAAGGAAACUAGCAAGGCAAAGAAAUGAGCAGAACUUUGCACGACAAGCUAGCUCCCAACUAUCACCCUCACACCUUUAUUGAUAUAAUGAUUAACCAACCCAUCACUUGUAUCAGGAGUGCACUCCUGCUUGUAUACAUAACUAGGUACCCUGGUACUUAUCAUUGUAAAAAUUGUUUUUUGGUCAACUCAA